AUGUCACUCUUAGCUGUUAAACUCGAUGCUGAUUGUACGCCAUCACUAUUCGACUCCUUGGAGGAGAGUUACGUGAAACUGAGAAAUAAUUUAUCUAGCUUUAUACCCGUUCAAUUGGGAAUAUCUCUUUUCACUAAAAGCGAAGGGAAAAAUGAGUUCAAUUUCAACAAACUAUCGUCAUGUAGUUGGGGUUUCCCUUGGAAAAUUGAUGAAAAGGAAGAAUCGUCCACAGAAAAAACAACAGAAAAGAGUUUUAAGGAUGGCGAACCAAAUUCAUCGCCACAGAUAGAUUUGGAUUAUACUAAUUGGCCUCGACCUAAAGAUAAUAAUGUUUUAUCAAGUGAUAACAAUGAGGAUGAGUCUACAAGUGGAAGUUCAGUUCAAUCAACAAUAACGACUCCUGAAAAUGUGGCAAAAACGUCGACUCAGGCGUUUGAUGAAUACCUAGAAGAAGAGUCUUCCAAGUUUCCUAACUCUGAAAAGGAAAUUAAAUGGAUACCAAUAACAAGUACUAAAUCCACAGAUAAAAUAGUGAACUACGUUUCUUCAGUUUCUACUCAAAUCACAGAUAGCUCAACACCAACAACAGAAAAAGCAACAGAAAUGAGUUUUAAGGGUGACGAACCAAAUUCAUCGCCAGGAGCAUUCAUUCAAAUAGAUGAUUCUGAUGGACCUCAACCUAAAAUUAAAAAUGUUAUUAAAUCAACAUUAAUUAUUAAAAUUAGUGUUGAAUGGUCAAGUGAUGACAAUGAGGACGAGUGUUCGAGGGAAAGUUCAGUUCAACAAACAAAAAUGACUCUUGAAAAUGUUUCCAAAAUGCCGAAUGAGGAGUUCGAUGAAAAGUCUUUGAAGUCUCCUAACUCUGAAAAGAAAAUUAAAUCGAUGCCAACAACAAGUACUGACUCUUCAGAUAAAAUAGUGAGCUACGUUUCUUCAACGACUACUCAAAUCACAGAUAGCUCAACACCAACAACUGAAGAAUCUGAAAGUGAAAGCUCUACAACUGAUAACACAAAUACGUCAACAACCACAGAAAACACGCUGAAUGAUAAUGAUGAUGUCGAUAAUGUACCUCGCAUUGCUGAUGAAGAUAAAGAAGAUUCUAAGGAUAAUUCUUCCGUUGUAAGUUCAUCAACAAUUUCUAGUUCGUUUGAAAACUUCAGCUUUGAAAAUGAGGUGGUAAGCAAUUCUUCAGAAUUUAUGCCUCCGGAAGUUUCUUAUGCUGCUAAUGACAAAGAUAUAAGUUCAUGGAUUGAUGAGGAAAAGGAACCCACAUCGGAUGACCAACAAAUUGGAAGAAAAGAUAAAGAAACUCAUUCAUCUCGCAAUGUCACUGAUUAUACAGAUUACUCAACACAAAAAAUAACUGAAAACAUUGAAAGCGAAAGGUCUUCAACUGAUAUGACAAAUACGCCAACAAUCACAGAAAACACGCUAAAUUAUGCUUCCAAUGUUAGAGUAGCUCGCAGUGGCAUCAAUAGUACAGAAAGCUAUGAUAAUGAUAAAAAGCGUGGUGCACUGGUUGGUUCUGGUUCAACUGGCAGUUUCUUUGGUAAUUUCACUUUAAACUUCUGUGUUUUUCUGGGUGAUCUUUUAUUUUUAAUUCAUUAUUCGCGUAAAAAUAUGAGUUUUUAAUAUAAUUUUACAUCAAAUAAAUUGAAAAAGAUUGAAAUUGUCUCAAAAAA